AGAAGACUGAGGUCCUGAGUGAUGAUCUUUUGCAGGUGGAGAAGCGGCUGGAGCUGGUGAAGCAAGUCUCUCACAGCACCCACAAAAAGCUGACGGCAUGUUUACAAGGGCAGCAAGGGACCGAGACAGACAAACGAUCGAAAAAGUUGCCCCUAAUUACACUGGCGCAGUGUCUCAUGGAAGGAUCAGCUGUACUGGGAGAUGAUUCUUUGCUUGGGAAGAUGCUGAAGCUGUGCGGAGAGGCUGAGGACAAUUUAGCCCAGGAGCUCAUCCACUUUGAGCAGGAGAUAGAGAGAGAUGUGGUGGACCCAUUGUUCGUCCUCGCCGAGGUGGAGAUUCCCAACAUCCAAAAACAGAGGAAGCACUUAGCCAAAUUAGUCUUGGAUAUGGAUUCUUCUAGAGCGAGGUGGCAUCAGUCUGCGAAGUCAUCCGGUGUCUCUAGCAAUCUGCAACCCUCCGGAGCGAAGGCUGACGCACUGAGGGAAGAGAUGGAAGAGGCCGCCAACCGCGUGGAGAUCUGUAGGGAUCAGCUGUCAGCAGAUAUGUACAACUUUGUGGCCAAAGAAAUCGACUAUGCAAACUAUUUUCAGACGCUUAUAGAAGUUCAGGCUGAGUACCACAGGAAGUCUCUCGCGUUACUGCAAGCCGUGCUGCCCCAGAUCAAAGCCCAGCAAGAGGCCUGGAUAGAAAAGCCAUCGUUCGGGAAGCCUUUGGAGGAGCAUCUGACGGUUAGCGGCCGGGAGAUUGGAUUCCCCAUCGAGGCGUGCGUCACCAUGCUGCUGGAGUGCGGCAUGCAGGAAGAGGGUUUGUUCCGUGUGGCUCCUUCUGCCUCCAAACUGAAGAAGUUAAAAGCUGCCUUAGACUGUUGUGUUGUUGAUGUGGCGGAAUACUCUGCAGAUCCGCACGCUAUUGCAGGGGCGUUAAAGUCUUACCUCCGAGAGCUUCCAGAGCCCCUCAUGACGUUUGAGCUGUAUGAGGAAUGGAUCCAAGCUUCCAACGUUCAGGAUCAGGACAAAAGGCUUCAGGCUCUCUGGAAUGCUUGUGAGAAGCUGCCAAAAGCCAACUACAACAACUUCAAGUACGUCAUCAAGUUUCUGUCCAAGCUGACGGAGUAUCAAGACGCAAACAAAAUGACUCCCAGCAAUAUGGCCAUUGUACUGGGGCCUAACCUUCUCUGGCCACAAGCGGAAGGUAAUAUCACGGAAAUGAUGACCACCGUCUCGCUACAGAUUGUAGGCAUCAUCGAGCCAAUAAUACAACAUGCUGACUGGUUCUUCCCAGGCGAAAUCGAGUUCAACGUGACUGGAAACUAUGGCAGCCCCAUACACACCAAUCACAAUGCCAACUACAGCUCCAUGCCCUCGCCAGACAUGGACCACUCGGACCGCAAGCUGCACGACCAGGCCAGGAGGCCGCUCAGCGUGGCAACCGAUAACAUGAUGCUGGAGUUCUAUAAAAAGGAUGGCCUUAGGAAAAUUCAAAGCAUGGGCGUACGGGUGAUGGACACUUCUUGGGUUGCCCGCCGCGGUUCUUCCUUAGUCCGCAAAGGCCCCUCCACCCCGCCCGCCGUGCAGCCCCCUGCUCCUCCGCUUGAAUUCGCAGUCACACCUCAGUCACCAAACCCCGACUUCUCCGUAGAAAGUCCCUCCCCUACUCCUCCCAGUAGCGGCUCCCAGCCGGGUCCUGAGAGGAUAAGCGGAGAUGAGAUUUCGCCCCAGUGGUUGGAUUCCUGUUACAUCUACCCUUCCCCUGAAGAAGACCGACCCCUCUCGUACCCAUCCUCACAGCACCCUACCCUCCAUCCUCACCCUCCAAAAGCUCCGCCAUCUGUCAGGCCUGACGCCACCUCUACCUUUCGGUGGGCUGGUUACAGCCAAACUUUGCCUCCUUCCCCUCCGAAGCUUGACAUAAACUCCAACCCUAAACCUUGCUUUUUGCACCUCACUAAGCAAAGCUCCCUUUCUGAAACUCACGCUUCCGAGCCUAACGUCUCACCCCUUUACAUCAAAACCCCACUCGUCCUAACCAAACCCGACCCAUCUGGUAACCCUAACCUACCCGCAAUGUCUGCCUCGCCCCCAUGGCUCAGCUGUUCCUGUGCUCGAGACAAAGGAACCAAGCUGACUAGUACGUUAAAAGGGAAAGAGCUUUCUCCAGUUUCUGGACCAAAGGGAAGUCCAAGCACGGGUCAUAUGGUGUCUGCAGGUGGAAUAGGGCUGAGCCAGCUUUCAACGGAACAAAGUCCCCAUUCCCUUAGGAAAGCAUCCAAGAAACUUGCACCGGUUCCGCCUAAGAUAACUUACACCCAGACAGGAGCAGUGUCGGACCAAUCAACGGGUCAGCCUUCUCCUGUCAGUCUUUCCCCAACCCCACCCAGCACACCAUCUCCUUAUGGACUCAGCUACCAAGGCUCUCUUUCUUUGACCCCAAACCUGGCUUCUCCCCCACCUGUGACCAGCACUUUAACAAAAGCCCGUCCUACUCCUAAACCACGGCAAAGGCCAUCUCUUCCUCCGCCCCAGCCACCAAGUCAGUCUGCUUCCAGUCCUCCGUCUUCGGAGAACAGUAUCUUAGAUGGCUUGUCUCCUGGAGAUAGUAUGUCUACAGAUAUCAUCCAUUUUGACAUUCCAUCUAUCCUCAUAGAGAUUGACACCGCCUUGCAACGCGACGCCAUGAAAGAAGAACAGCAGCGGCGUUCGGCGGAGGGCAGGACAGAGUCGGAGGAGGAGUCUGAGAGUACUGCCCUCUGACAGUGACUACACCUUGUGCCCAGUGUGACCAACAGCCAAACCUGUGCCAAUUCCUGCAAAUGAUCCCCCAACGGGCUUUGUG